AUGCAGAAGGUAUGGAAUGGGCGACCCUGGCUCUUUGAUAACCAACUGUUUGUGUUAAAAGAAUUUGAGGGAUAUACACCUCUGCAUCGUGUGAAUUUUGACUACGAGUGUUUAUGGGUAUGGAUGCACAAUCUGCCUUUAUCUUGUAUGACAAAAGAACGAGGUGUACAGAUUGGAGGUACGAUGAGAAGGGUAGAAGAAGUAGACGUACACGAGGAUGGGAGUGGAUGGGGUAGCUUUUUUAGAGUUCAGAUUUAUAUGGAUUUGACACAACCCUUAGCACGAGGAAGAACAAUAAAUGUGAAGGUAGAGAGUAUAUGGAUUCUUUUUAGUUAUGAGAAGAUGCCGCGUAUAUGUUUCUCAUGUGGGUGUGCUGUCCAUGGAGUGAAGGGCUGCUCUGGUAUAUUGGGAGAGUCAGACGGGAAGGAAGAUCAAUAUGGAAUAUGGAUGAGGGCUACUUAG